AUGUCGUCCGAUCGCCCUGCCAGUCGUCCGCUCAAGCCCACACUCGCUUCGAAUCGCGGCGCGCGCACGCCGUUAACCCCCAGGGUGGCUGGUAGCACAACUACAGCGCCCUCCUCGAAGCCCACCGCGCCUCGAGCACCCAAUGGAGGCCCGGUCGUGUCACCUCGAGCCAGGCCGCAACAGGACACCCCCGCGAAAGCUGCAGUCGGAUAUGCCAGCCUCAACAUCACACCGCGUUCUUCAGCGCGGAAGUCCAGAGGGGAGAGCAGUUCCAAUUCUCCAGCUCAGGAUGAGUCCCCUAGCGAGUUCCGACCAAAGACCGUCAACCUGUCGCCUGCGGAUGCGCUGUAUGGACGUGGGAAUGGAGGGAGUGGAUUGGGUGUGGGAGUCAGUGGGAUGGCACAGAAUAGGGUACCGGCGGCCAGACCAAAGAGCUUGCUAGGAAACAAUAAACCGAGAACAGAUAGCUCAUCGACAUCGGUGCGGUCACCAGGACACGCAGACCUCGCAAGCUCUCCGCCUGCCCAGGAUAGCAUCGAGAGUCGAUUCUUCCACGCCAGCGAUGCGCACCGGCAAGAAGUUCCGGCUCGGAAGCCAGAGCUCAAACGAGCCCCGACUUUCGUAUACGCCGAUGGCAAAGAAGACAAGUCUCGCCUCAAGGGCGAACCAUCGUCACCCACGACUGCUGCUUUUCCCACCGAGAAACGACCCACUGUCGCUUGGAUCAAGCCCGAAUCGCAACUGCACAAUGCAAGAUCUCCAACGGUGUCCUCGCCUGCUUUGAGUGCAGCAGCGAGCGUCAGUUCAUUCUUCCCAACCAUGGCUCCACAGCCACGAGAGAUGCGAUCGCCUUCGCCGAGCAAAGAGAACAUACAUUUAUCUUAUCGCAAAGGUGCGUCUCAGGUCAUUGGCACACGUCCAUCUCCUGGACAGAUGCCUUCGUUUACAGAAGAGUCCCCUCCUCGCACAGAAGAGAUGCGGCGACCGAGUCUUGCAGAGGUCAGGCAUCGUACGUCGACUAGCAUGUCUUCGAUCGAUACGGGAGACUCGCCUCCAUGGCAUAAGCGCUCAAAUAUGGCACUUGUAAACACACUUCCGCUGGCUUCGCCAUCGACACAGGAUGCAGUGCAGUUCAGUCUUUCACCACGAAUCGGAAGUCCACCGGAAGGUCGUCCCUCUAUUGACACUUCGCUAUCGUCGAUAGGGGAUACCAGCGGUCCUCUCAGUCCAACCAAGCAAAUUUCCGAGCUUGCGGCAGACGCACGGCGCGAGAGGAAGGUCCUGGAUCUGGAGAUUUCCAACAGCUCCUUGUUGGCGAUCAAUGCCAGCUUGGAACGUGAAGUACGAAGGCAAAAGACCGAGUUGAAACGGUUCCGCCGAUUAUCUCGUGCGGGUCGAUUUUCACUGGCUGCGAGUCAGAAGAGCGCGAGAUCUUCCACUGGAGGCUUGAGUACGCUCGGAGAAGAAGAAGAUGAGGGCGAUGAAGAUGUUGAGGAGGAUCUAUUCAGCCUCGAGGAUGAGAGCGACUCCGAGGACGACGCAAGUCUUGGCAGCGGCUCUGCCGAUGCGAGACAACAAGACCGCCUUGCUAAAGAUGAGCAACGUUUACGAGUCGAUCUGGAACGUCACAAAGAACUCCUGGUGCAGAGUCAGAGCAUGAAUCAGAGCAUCAAGCGAUGCAUGUAUGCUACAGAAGACAUGAUCAGAGAAGGUAAUCGAGCUCUGGUAUAUCAUGUGCGUGUGUCUGAUAUCAAGCUCGGAGGAAGGAUUUUGACGGACCACGACGAAGAUGAUGAAAUAGAAGUGGAUGUCGAGGACAACUUGACCGACGCAGACGAUGAAAUGGCCAGCGCGAAAGGACUUCUAGACGUCUGGAAGGGUUUAGGGAGACCGAAGGCUGCCUUUGAAGGAAGCGAGAAUGGCUCUGGCGACCGCGACUCUGGCAUAGAAGUUUCAGAGAAACUCUUGAACAACGCAAGUCGUACGGAAGACUCUAGCCGACCACCUGAGAGCAACAUGUCGCGACUGCCUCUGACCAGCCGCUUGACCCGCGAACCAACAUCACUGGACCGACGCCAGCAUGUUCCUUAG